AUGGAUACAGAUGAGCUCAGUAUAGUUGAAGAUGAAUAUGAUGAUGGUGUGGUAUGUUUUGGUCCAGUGACUGAAAGUCAACUAAAUAGAUUUAAAAGAUUACCACGUCGCACUGUUUUACCAUCAGAUUUCGUAUUAAGCCAAUCCCUUUUUGAACAAAAUGAAGAUAAAAAAAAUGACCAAUCUACUGUCUUGGAUGAAAAUACAUCAACAUGUGUUGAUAAUUCAAUCAAUAUAACUCAUUCAACAAAAAAUGUUGACCAAGAAAAAAAAGAAAUUGAAGCAACUGAAUUAAAACAAAGCUUUUCUGAAGAUUCUAAUUCAAAAUUUUCUUCGCCAUGUUUCUCAAAGUGCAUACCAAAUGCAAAGUUAAUGGACACAGAAGUUAUUAAUAGAUACAUCAGAAUGGGAUCAACAUCGUCAAAUGAUUCUUCUUUAUCAGAAGAUCAAAAUAAGUCUACAUUUGAAGAUGAAACCGUUAGCUUUACAGAAGCCCAAGAAAUGGAGUCAAUUCAAGACAAUUGUGUCUUUGAUGAAACUAGUACCUGUGAACACUUUUCUGUUUCAAGUGCUAUUGAGCAAAGCCUUAGUAUCAACCAACCAAAUGUAUUAGAUGAUUCUAAUAAUGUAUGCACUUUAAUACAUUGUAGUCAAAAAGACGAUACAGAUUUAAGUAUUUGUAGUGACUCAGAACUUGGAGAUGUCACUGAAGAUUCAAUUGUUGCUGAUGAAUAUAGUGUUACACCCGGAAAACAGAGAUUGUUUGAUUUGCGAGUCACUAAACAAUCUCUUCGUGCUAAGGCUCUCGUAGCAUCUGCUCCAUUUAUGGAUAGAAUUGAAGAAACUACAACUCCUGUGGUGCCUAAAGUUCUUAAUUCUCCUUUAAUUUUAAAUAACAUCAGUUGUAGACAUUCAGAAAUCAAUGAAAAUUCAAAUGUUUUAUCAAUUACUGAAAUACCUCAUGGUACAUCUAUUGAGCAUUUCAAUCAAACUUCUAAUGAAAAUGUGUUUGAAACUUCAAAGUUUAUUGAUGCAACUGCGGGAGAAUUAUUGAUAUCAUCCGAUUUGAAGAGUGAUAUAGUCUCUGUGAAUAAAAGUGCGGAUACUAUGUUUGAUGAAACAAUGAACACAAAUAAACAUUCAACAGACGGCAAUGGUAUGAAUGUUAACAUGUCAUUAAUUAAAACUGAUCAAAUCGAAAAUACUUUAAAUGAUAUGGUACGUACAUCUGAUAAUGAACCGCCAAUGAAUAUCAUGUCCAGCAUUACUAUUCCAACAGACUUAAAUGUUCAUUAUGAUAACGAAUACUUAAUUGCUGCACAACCUAAUGCUAUAGCAACAGAUACCAGUGUAGAUGAUAAAAUAUUUGAUGAAACUAUGAAGACUAAUAAACUUUCAAUAAACAACCAAAGUACUGAUUCAAAUAAAUCCUUAAAUGAAACUGAACACAAAUUUGAUGGGGAAAAGCCCUUGAAUAUUAUGUCGAAUAUAGCUAAUUCAAUAUCGGGUGUAGAUGAGUAUAAUAAUGAGAAAAACCCAAUUACUACAGAAGUUGAUAUUAUAUCAAUUAGUACCAGUGUAGUGGAUAAAACAUUUGAUGAAACAGUGUACACUAAUAAACUUUCAACAAACAACCAAAGUAUGGAUAUGAAUAAUUCCUUAAAUGAAACUAAUAUCGAAAAUACUUCAAAUGUCACUGAACACCAAUUUGAUAGUGAAAAGUCUAUGAAUAUUAGGGCCAACAUGGCUCUACCAACAUCUGAUGUCAACGAUGAAGAAUUCUCAGUUGCCAUGGAAGUUGAUAUUAAAUCAACUAACACUAGUUGUGUGGAUAAAGAGUUAAACAAAUCAGUGUGCACUAAUGGGCAUUCAAUAAACAACGAAAGUACUGAUUCGAAUAAAUCCUUAAAUGAAACUAAUUUUGAAAAUACUUUUAAUGUCACUGAACACAAAUUUGAUGGUGAAAAGUCUAUAAAUAUUAUGUCCAAUAAAGCUAAUCCAUUAUCGAGUGCAGAUGAGUAUAAUGAUGGAGAAAACUCAAUUGCUUCAGAUGUUGAUAUUAUAUCAAUUAGUACCAGUAAAGUGGAUAAAAUAUUUGAUGAAACAGUUUGCACUAAUAAACUGUCAACAAACAACCAAAGUAUGGAUAUGAAUAAUUCCUUAAAUGAAACUAAUAUCGAAAAUACUUCAAAUGUCACUGAACACCAAUUUGAUAGUGAAAAGUCUAUGAAUAUUAGGGCCAACAUGGCUCUACCAACAUCUGAUGUCAACGAUGAAGAAUUCUCAGUUGCCAUGGAAGUUGAUAUUAAAUCAACUAACACUAGUUGUGUGGAUAAAGAGUUAAACAAAACAGUGUUCACUAAUGGGCAUUCAAUAAACAACCAGAGUACUGAUUCAAAUAAAUCCUUAAAUGAAACUAAUUUCGAAAAUACUUUAAAUGUCACUGAACACAAAUUUGAUGGUGAAAAGUCUAUAAAUAUUAAAGCUAAUCCAUUAUCGAGUGCAGAUGAGUAUAAUGAUGGAGAAAACUCAAUUGCUUCAGAUGUUGAUAUCAUAUCAAUUAGUACCAGUGAAGUGGAUAAAAUAUUUGUUGAAACAGUUUGUACUAAUAUUCUCUCAACAAACAACCAAAGUAUGGAUGUGAAUAAAUCCUUAAAUGAAACUAAUAUCGAAAAUACUUUAAAUGUCACUGAACACAAAUUUGAUGGUGAAAAAUCUACUAAUAUUAUGUCCAAUAUAGCUAUUCCAUUACCAGGUGUAAAUGAUUGUAUUGAUAAAGAAAACUCAAUUGCUUCAAAAGUUGAUAUUAAAUCAAUUAAUACCAGUAUAGUGGAUAAAAUAUUUGAUGAAUCAAUGUUAAUAAAUGCUAAUAAACUUUUAACAGACAGCAGAAUUAUGAAUUGUAAUAAAUCCCAUGAAACUGAAAGCACUUUAAAUAAUACUGAACACAGGGUUGUGAAUAAUAACCAAAACGCCUCUGUUUCAGCAGUUCAUUUUGAUGAAAAGUUGCAUUUAAGUAAACUGGAUAAGAGUAUAUUAAAAAGCACAAUCAAUUCUGAUAGUUCAUUUGUAGAAAUUAACAAAGUUAAUAUAACUUGCAAUACAUCACUAGAAGACCCAUCAUGUAUGAUGAGACAAUAUUUGGACUUUGAACUAGCUGUAAAUGAAAUGUGCAAUGAUAUUUCAUCAGCAAGUGGUCCUGUUGAAAAAUCUAAUAAGCCAAAAGAAAGUUAUGACAAUGAAACUCUUGAAAAUUUGAUCGAACAAACACUUUCUUCUGAUACAUUCAAUCUAACGAAAGUAAAUGAAAAUGUCUCUAAUUAUGAUGGGUCAAACUUGUCGGUCAUUAUAGAAAAUAAAUCUCUAGAAACUUCUUGUAACAACAUUGAGCCAAAUGAAGAUUUUGUAAGCCCCAAUAAUGAUGUACCAAUAACUUUGGACUCUGAAAGUAUUGUGAAAGAAGUCAAUGAUAUUGAAUUGUUAAAUAAAUCAACUGUUUUAAAUACAGUAGCUACUCCUUCAAAAUCUGAAGUUGGUUUAGCAUAUGGAACAGAUGUUAAUAUUCAAAUCAAAGCAAAAGAAAGUAUUUCAAUAAAUUGUACUAUUACAGAUUCAGGAUUAGUUGAAAAUAUAAAUGAAACUAAACAUAAUGAAAGUUCCAUGUUUAGUGAUGAGUUAUCGAAAUUGGAACUUGAUACAUUUACCAAAAUUAAUAAAAACUUGAAUAAUAUCACUACAAAACAAAUAUUUAUCUCUGAAGAUGUCAAUGAAAUACAUUCAACACAAAAUACUUUGGAUGAAAACAACUUACAUCUAAUUGCCGAUCAAAUUAAUAUAACCGACAUUCCUAAUUCCACUGCUUUUGAACUUAUCCCAGAAACAGAAAUAACUAAAAAAAACCUAAUUGAUCAAGAUGAAGUACUUAAUAAUGACAAUCAGCAACAAGAUUUAUUGGAUGCAACUAAAUGUAUUGAUAAUAGCCUAGAAGAAUUUACAAAUCUUGAACAGAUGUUUAAUUUUGGAGACAAUGCAAAAGGAAAACAAGUUGAAUAUAAGACUCCCAAGACACAAAAACUAUUAGAUUUUAGUAUUAUUCAACAAACACCCACUUUUGAUAAUCCAGCAAAAAAACAGAAGCUAUUAAAUUUCAGUAUUGUUGAUCAAACUCCAAUAUUACAAAGUACACAACAAAAAUAUCCAAUUGAAAAUGUUAUCAACGAUGAAAGUUUAAUAAAUUUUAGUUCAGUUGAUCAAAUGUGGAAUUCAGAAGUAGUGACAAAAGAUGAAAUUAAUUUUAAAGAUUUACAAAACUCUUCCAAUUAUUCUUCAUCAAACAAUCUAUCAACAAUUUCAGCUCCUGAUUUAGAAUUAUUAGCGGAUGAGUCAAUAAAAAGAAAUACAUCAAAUUUCAGUAACUCAUCUUUUGAUCAAACAAUAACGGAUUCAAAUUUAAAUCUGUCUACUCAUUCUUGUGCAAUUAAUAAGACUCAAAAUGGUAUAAUAGAAUUAAAUAAUCUGGAACCAUUGCUAGUGAUCAACAGACAGAUUGUUGCUGAAGAACCUUCUGACUCUUUAAAUCAAACAAUUAAACAAAAUGAGUCAAGACAAAAAACAUUUUAUGACAAACACUGUGUUGCGGAAGCAUCUACUAAAGUAGUAAAACCCGACUUAAAAUUGUUAUCAAAAUCUACUUCAAACAAAAACAUUGAUUCUGCAGAAUUUAAAGAUUAUUCAAACCAAGAACCGUGUUUUAACCCAAAUGAACGUGCCAUUGUAGAUUUCAGCAUUAUCGACCAAGGAAUGUUGGAAAAUGUUGGAUUAAAAAAUAAUACUGAUAUAACAUCUUUUGAAUCUGAUAGAAAUGUUUCUAAUCUAAUUGAAGUGUCUUUUGUUACUAAAUCUGAAAAACAAACAAUUAUUUCAUCUGAAAAUCCAAUAAUACCCAUAACUUCUCACAGUAGAGCUGAAAAAUCUAUACAAAGUAAUUCUGAUGAAAUGAAUAGCACAGCUCUACAUUUAGAAGAAUCUACAUUUUUGCACAAUAACACUGAAUUGUUAACUGAUAUACAGAUGAACGAUGAGUCGCUUUUUAUAGAAUCGCCAGAAAAGAGUUCAAUUAUCGAUUCUUUUCAUAGUAUUGAAUUGGAUCAUGUACAGGAAGAUAAUAAGAGGAAAAUGGAGACUACUCAAGAAUAUGAUAAUAACGAAAAGAAAAUGAAAGUAGAGACUGAGCUAAAUACACCAAUGUCGAUGCUUUAUAAAAUUAAAAAUAUGUUCAGGAGCAGUGAAAGACAACCAUCUUGUGUAAAUAAUGCAAAAGAAAACAGUUUGAUAUCAAACAAAUGUUAUCAAAAAUUAAAUUUUAACAAAUUUGAAGAAAAUAAUGAAGAUUUUACUAAACGAAAAACAUUAAAAAAACCAGAAGUUAUAGUAAAAAGUAAAAUACCUUGCAAAGUCACCGACAGAUCAUUAACAAAAAAUGAUGAAUUUAAUAGUUCAUCUCUAUCGUCCCUUAAUGAUAGUAUUAAACAAAAAAAAACCAUACCAAAGUUUUCAGGAGUUCCUGUAUUAUCUGAUGUAUCUAAUUCGUCAAACAGAAAGUGUGCAGAAAGUCGUAUACCUUCUAAAUUUCAAAAAUAA